GUGUACGGAUCGGGGAAACUUUUGUGAUUUUGGACACUCGCUCUCCGAGAUUCGCUCAAAGCAGUCUGGUCUGAUCUACGGAAUUGUUUAAUCCACUCCCGCACCGCAGUUUAGUUAUGGGCCAGACACGCGUAGCAACAACCACAACAGCGAAAUCUGCGGAGACGGUAGUUCCCCCAGAAGCAAAUGACCAGGAGGAGAAGCAGCCACAAGUUCUGGGCGAGAACAGCUGGGAGGAGUUCUCAAUCGACGUUCCCUGGGGAACAGUUGAGGCAAAGUGGUGGGGUUCCAAGGAGAGGCAGCCCAUUAUCGCCCUUCAUGGCUGGCAGGACAACUGCGGCAGCUUCGACAGGCUGUGCCCCCUGAUGCCGGCGGACACCUCCAUUCUGGCCAUCGAUCUUCCCGGGCACGGAAAGUCAUCGCACUAUCCGCAGGGCAUGCAGUACUUCAUCUUCUGGGAUGGCAUAUGCCUGAUUCGCCGGAUAGUGCGCAAGUACAACUGGAAGGAUGUCACCCUGUUGGGUCAUUCGCUGGGCGGAGCUCUGACCUUCAUGUACGCGGCCAGUUUCCCCACGGAGGUGAAGAAGCUGAUCAACAUCGAUAUUGCUGGACCCACAGUUCGGGGCACUCAACGAAUGGCGGAGGGCACCGGAAAGGCAUUGGACAAAUUCCUGGACUAUGAAACCCUCCCGGAGAGCAAGCAGCCCUGCUAUUCGUACGAAGAGAUGAUCAAGUUGGUGCUGGACGCCUAUGAUGGUUCUGUGGAUGAGCGCUCGGUCCGGGUGCUGAUGAACCGGGGAAUGCGUCACAAUCCCAGCAAAGAUGGCUAUCUGUUCGCCAGGGAUCUCCGGCUGAAGGUGAGCCUGCUGGGCAUGUUCACCGCGGAGCAGACACUGGCCUAUGCCCGCCAGAUUCGCUGCAAGGUGCUCAACAUUCGAGGAACUCCCGGCAUGAAGUUCGAAACUCCACAGGUCUACGCGGAUGUGAUAGCCACGCUGCGGAAGAAUGCCUCCAAAGUGGUCUACGUCGAGGUGCCCGGCACCCAUCACCUGCACCUCGUAACCCCGGAACGUGUGGCGCCGCAUAUCAAUCAGUUUUUGAAGGACCCGUGAGAUACCAUAAGCGAUUGACUAGGAAAUUAGUUAAGUACGAGGCUAGAUAGAGAAUAAUGUACGUAGAUAGUUUGUAUAUAUCAUCCCACUUGUGAUGUGUCAGUGAACAAAGGCAUGUGCCCGAUUUGCGUGGAUCUAAAUAUUAUGGUAACUAAUAAACACAAAUUUAUGACCAAACAAAAAAA